AGUGAGCUGUGUACAUUGGGAUUGGUAAAUUGGUGGUGAGAGCGUGGUUCUACUUUAGCUUGGGGAAGAGACAAUGAGAACAGAUUGAACGUCACGUAUUGUGAAAUAGGUGAGUGUCCUGUAGCAAGAGUGAAAAAAGCAGAACUUCCAUUAUCUAGCAAGAGGGCAAUGUUCUCCUUUCCCCCAGAACUCUCAGGCCUUUUGUCAAUAUGUGAGGGUGAUUCAGUGCACGGUAAUUGCCCAACCGCUUUCUGGCUCUUCCUUAUUGCAGGCCCGUGGAGGUUGCUCCACCUAGCCUCCAGAGCGCUACAGAAGAGGGUUAUAGGCAGAGGAGCAGAGCAGAUCAAAGAAGACCAACUUGCAACCAGGAGAAGCUGAGCAGGGAAUAACAGGAAGAAGGCAAGGGGUAGUGGAGAACUGUAUUGAAGUCACAACUCCAACAGAGAAAGGACAGGGAGAACAUUUUGAGCACAGAGAAUCCCCUUGCAAAGCUGAGAAGGAGACCUUUUCGCUAUGGACCACCCGAACUACCAAGAUGCACCUUCUGCCCUGAACCCGCCACCCUACUCUGAAAAGCAGCCCUACAGUCAGCAACCAUCACCUGCUUACGGGCUAACAAACCCCGCCAUGCCAACUCAGUACCCGCCUUAUUCCUCCCCGUGCAGUGCAAUGCCCGGCUAUCAGCCUUGUGUCCAGCCUUCACUGCACACCACCAUCAUCGUCCCUGUACAACCCACCCAUGAACCAGAUUACCUGGCGUAUUCCAUCUUCACCAUGCUCUGUUGUUGCCUGCCUCUGGGAAUUGCAGCCCUGGUUUUCUCCGUACAGACUCGGGAUGCCAACCGGAUGGGGAAUGCCGCCGAGGCUCGACGGAACUCCCAGAUGGCCCGGAACUUAGCCCACGCUGCGCUCGGCAUCGGGAUCGUGUUGCUUAUUGUGAUCAUUGUUUUGAACGUGGUGGUCGCUGCGUCUUAGUAUCUCUGAGGACACACGCAAAAUCUUUGUCUACUGAAUUCCCUGCCUCUUUGCCUUUUAUUCAAAGUUUGUUUUUAAAAAAAAAAAUUGUGAACAUUUUUAAAGAAGUCUUACUCCCGCUCUGAGCCUACACUGACGCUAAAUGAAGAGAUGGUGGGCAGUUAAAGAGGUUUCAGGAAUGAAUCGUCAAUAUACAAUGUAUUCGUCACGUAAAAUGUUAGGUUCUUAUGAGCUCAGGCUAGCCCAGUCUUCUUAGAUCUCAGCUGCUAAGCAGGGUCAGCCUUGGUCAGUAGUUGGAUGGAAGACCAGCUAGGGUUGCCAACCUCCAGGUGGGACCUGGGGAUCUCCUGCUAUUACAGUGGAUCUCCAGAUGACAGAAUUCAGUCCCCCUGGAGAAAAUGGCUGCUUUGGAGGAUGGAGUCUAUGACAUGAUACCCCACUGAGAUCCCUCCUCUCCCCAAACUCCAGGCUGCGCCCCACCCCAAAUCUAUAGGUAUUUCCCUGCUCUGAGCUGGUAACCCUAGCAAGGAAGACGAGGGCUGCUACACAAGGUCAGCCAAUAACAAACCCCAUCUGUUCACCUCUUAACUUGAAACCCCCAUGAAGGGUUACCGGACUUGACGACACUUUUCACCACAAAAAAAAUAAAUACAUCUUAGAUUUUUACCGCAAUGUCUUGUGGCCUCGUGAUAUACAAUUUGAGCAUCGCAAUGUAGUUUAUGACCUUGUGACUGCUGGUUGUUAUGAAAGAAGAAAAACAUUUUCUUGGCAAAAAGCUUUUAAUUUGAAAUGUAAACGGAACAAAAAGAUAUUAAUAUCAUCAGAGAAUGACCUCUUGAGCUCCUGCUUGAAAAGAAGGUCCCCUUGUACACUUUAUUGCCUUUUGUACUUUGAAUUAAUAGUAUCAAUAAACUCAUGAAGGCUA